AGAGCUUCGAGAGCAAUGCCGGGCCUUACCACUUUGCCUCCGUUUCCGGAAGACGUGCCGACUCACUCGCUGUUGGUGGUAGACUACCAUCUCAUCAAAGAAGGCGAUGAUGCUGAGAUCGAUAAGCUGUGGGACGCGGCCACGAAGCUCGGAUUCUGGUACCUGAAGAAUCACGAUGCGGACGCAGAGGUCGAUGCGAUGUUUGUCAUGGGCGAGGAGACAAUGAAGCUCCCGCUCGACGAGAAGAUGAAGUACGAGCUGGGCGAUGGUGGGAACAGCUUCGGGUACAAGGCCGCGGGCACGAACGCGAUCGACGAGAAGGGCACCCCUGACACGACCGAGUUCCUCAACGUAUCAAAGGACGACGCGCUCGCAUAUCCGCGUAAGGUUCACCGGGACUAUCCUGAGACGGUGUACGCGCACAUAGACGACGCGGUGAAGCCAUUCAUGCUCAAAAGUAUCGACAUCUGCAACAUUCUCAUGAGCACGUUGAACAAUAAGCUGGGGCUGCCUAAAGGAAGGCUCCACGAGCUGCAUCAGCUGGAGAAGGAGAGUCAUUGCCAGUCGCGCUGCAUCAAGAAGCCGCCCGGCAAAGCUGUCUCCGCGGAUGAGCUGGCUUUGAGUGCGCAUACCGAUUAUGGUUCGUUGUCGUUCUUGCACAAUCGUCUCGGCGGCCUGCAGGUGAUGCCGCCAGGUGACACUUCGUGGUACUACAUUAAGCCUAUUCCUGGGCAUGCUAUUUGCAAUGUCGGCGACGCCCUAGCGAUCAUGAGCGGCGGCAUCCUCCGAUCCAACGUCCAUCGCGUGAUAACGCCCCCAAAGGAGCAAGCCGCGUAUGAACGCUGGUCGCUGGUGUACUUCCACCGACCACACGACGGGGUGGUCCUCGAGGCCCUGGUGAACGAUAGCCCCAUGAUUGCCGACGCCGUCGCGCGUGCGCCGAACCCGGCUGUGUUCAAGACAGGCGAGACCGCGGACGCGUGGAUGAUGCGAAGGGUGCGUAUGCGUCGCGCGAAGAAUAUGACGGGCCCCGAGGCGUGGCGUCAAAGCCUGGGUACGGAGCACGAGAACGUUGAGGCCGCGCGGCCGGUGUCGGUGUCGGUGUACUGAGAACCCCGUGGUUACGUGUUUUGUGUGGCCAUCGGGCGAUGUGCGAAUCGUGCGAUCUUCUUAUUGUGUAUCCCCAGUCGUCGAAUGGGAAAUCUUACAGCUGUCUCGUGCGUGGAGUUUGACUCGUCUAUG